CUUUGCGCCGGAAGUGAUAGCGAGUGUGUGUCGAAGCUAGUUUGCACAAACUUGAUUUCCGCUUUUUGAAUUGUGCACUCUGUAUGUGUGCGUAUGUGUAUGUGUGCAACCACUGCACGUUUUUGGGGGAGUCACGUCUGCCGCCUCGGCCUGUUCUGCUGCAGACACACGUGAUCAAUGACGGCUUUGGCCAGCCAUGGCUGCCGUGUCAUGGAAGGAGAUUUUACUUUUGACUGGACUGGUGGUGGGAUGUUACUGGAACAGUCUGUCGUGCGGCUUUGUGUUUGAUGAUGUCUCCGCGAUCCUGGACAACAAGGACCUACGUCCCGCAACCCCUCUCCGCAGCCUGUUCCUCAAUGACUUCUGGGGAACGCCCAUGGCUGAGGAGCGGAGCCACAAAUCUUACCGACCCCUCACCGUGUUCACCUUCCGGCUGAACUACCUCUUCAGUGAGCUGAGCGCGGCUUCGUACCAUCUGCUCAAUGUGGUUUUACACGCCUUAGUGUGUGUGCUUUUCCUGCGAGUGUGCCGAUUGUUCCUGGACAAGAAUUCCAGCCUUGUGGCAGCUCUGCUGUUUGCUGUGCAUCCCAUCCACACUGAAGCUGUCACAGGUGUGGUUGGCAGAGCUGAACUUCUUUCUUCAAUCUUCCUCCUGGCUGCUUUCCUGGCCUACACAAAAUCCACAGGUGCAGACAACUCCAUUGUCUGGACUCCCAUCGCAUUGACGGUUGUUUUAGUGGCUGCAGCAACACUGUGUAAGGAGCAGGGAAUCACUGUCAUUGGCAUCUGCUGUGUCCACGAGGUGUUCGUUGCACAAGGGUUUACCUUGCCCAUGCUGUUGGACACACUGCGGCAAGUCCUGCAGGGUAAAGACGGUUUCCCCUACGCCGUCCUGCAAACUCUGCUGAAGCUCAUUGUCCUCAUCAUCAGCACACUGCUGCUUGUCAUCAUUAGGGUCCAAGUCAUCCAGUCCCAGCUCCCUGUCUUCACCAGAUUUGAUAACCCGGCGGCAGUGAGCCCCACUCCCACGAGACAACUGACAUUCAACUACUUGCUUCCUGUGAAUGCAUGGCUCCUGCUGAAUCCCUCUGAGCUCUGCUGCGACUGGACCAUGGGCACCAUCCCUCUGGUGGAGUCGCUCGUAGACCUCCGUAACCUGGCCACACUGGUGUUCUACACGUUUCUGGGCCUGUUGGCCUACCACAGUCUGCGCUACAGACACAGCUCUGCCAGGACUGUCAUCAUGGCCCUGUCUUUGAUUGUCCUUCCUUUUAUCCCUGCGUCCAACUUCUUCUUCCCUGUGGGUUUCGUGGUGGCGGAGAGGGUCCUCUAUGUGCCCAGUAUGGGCUUCUGUGUUCUUGUUGCCCAUGGGUUCAAGAUUAUCUCGCACAAAGGUCACUUGAAGAAGAUUUCCUGGUUGAUGAUUGGAGUGCUUUUAACUACACACGCAGUGAAAACAUUCAAGAGGAAUUGGGACUGGGAAUCGGAAUACACUCUAUUCACCUCUGCCCUCAAGGUGAACAAGAACAAUGCCAAGUUGUGGAAUAAUGUUGGCCAUGCUCUAGAGAAUCAAAACAAUUAUGCAAAGGCACUGCAGUAUUUUCUCCAGGCUACUCGUGUCCAGCCAGAUGACAUUGGCGCUCACAUGAAUGUUGGAAGAACCUACAAGAACUUGAACAAGUCCAAAGAGGCAGAAGAUGCCUACUUGGUUGCCAAAUCCCUCAUGCCACAGAUCAUCCCCGGUAAGAAGUAUGCGACACGCGUGGCCCCGAACCACCUGAAUGUUUACAUAAACCUGGCCAACCUGAUCCGGGCCAAUGAGUCACGCCUAGAGGAGGCCGACCAGCUCUACCGACAGGCAAUCAGCAUGAGACCAGACUUCAAACAAGCUUACAUUAGCAGAGGGGAGCUACUGUUGAAGAUGAACAAGCUCACGGAGGCCCGGGACGCCUACCUCCGAGCCUUGGAGCUUGACCGCACCAAUGCCGACCUGUGGUACAACCUGGCUAUCGUCAACAUCGAGAUGAAGGACCCAUCGGAAGCCCUGAAGAACUUCAACCACGCCCUGGAGCACAGCCCACGCCACAAGCUGGCGCUCUUCAACUCGGCACUUCUCAUGCAGGAGUCUGGUGAGCCAAAGUUCUGGCCUGAGGCCAACCGCCGCUUCCUCACCUAUGUGGAAGAGGAGCCUGAAGAUGCCAACGGCUACUUCAACCUCGGCAUGCUGGCCAUGGACGCCGAUGAGAAUGCGGCAGCUGAGAGGUGGAUGCGCAAAGCGAUUGGUCUGCAGGCCGGCUUCCGCAGUGCCCUUUUCAACCUGGCGUUGCUUUACUCGCAGUCCAGACGCGAGAUUGAUGCGCUGCCCGUGCUGGACGAGCUCCUGCGCCACCACCCAGAGCACAUCAAGGGCCUGAUUCUGAAGGGCGACAUCCUCAUGAACCACAAGAAGGACACCCACGGCGCCAAAGCCUGCUUUGAGCGCAUUCUGCACAUGGACCCCACCAAUGUGCAGGGCAAGCACAACUUGUGCGUGGUCUACUUCGAGGAGCGCGACCUGCCGCGGGCCGAGCGCUGCCUGGAGGAGACAUUGGCGCUGGCACCAAAGGAGGAGUACGUGCGCCGUCACCUGAGCAUCGUGCGCGGUAAAAUGGCUGCCCUGAGCGCGGCCGGGCAACCGCUUACUUCCGCAGAGGGAUCCACUGCGACGGCAAAGGAGGAAAAUGUGAAUAGGGUUGAGGAAGUAACUGAGGAGGUCGCCGUGGGCGAGGAGGAAGAGAGGGGUGUUGGUGCCGCUGGAAAGGGGGCUGGGGACGAGAAGAAUGUGCGGAAAUCCUCUGCAGAAACUCUCGGGGGCGUGGACAAACCAGAGUCUCUGGUCAGUAGCCAGUCUGACAAGCGGACUAAGGUGAAGUCCACUAAAGAGAUUAAAGAUAUAGAGGAGAAAAGGGCAGCUGCCCUGAAGAGACUAGAGGAGAUUGAGCGCAUAUUAAGCGGCGAUUGACAUAGCUGGACUCAUUUUGUAGAGCUCUUAAACACACUCUUAAUCAAUUGCCAUUUUAUCUAAUUGAAUCAUGUGUUUGCAGGCCUUUGGCGUGGCCCUGUUGUCCUAACACUAAUUGUGUACAGAAGGGAAAUGCUCAUCUGCAAAUAACUCAUAUAUUAAGCACAAAGCCAAUUUGGGAUAAUCUACUUAAAGAUUAUGGCUGAUAGAUGCCAAUGUGUCUGUGCUUCAUCCGAAAUGUGAUUGCACAUAUCAUAGAAUUCCCGCAGUUAUAAAUAUUUAUUUUGUCAUGCCCCCCCCCCCCCCUUUGUGCUGUCAUUGUUUAUCACUGUAAUUUUCUUUCUUUUCUUUUUUUGUCACUCAGGCGUGACUCCUGUGUUAUUGUUUUAAAAUCAGAAUGAUUGUAUCACGGACAAUUAAAGGAAAUGACGUGCUCGCCGAACAUUUCCUCAAUGCAGGAUGAUCACUGUGGAGUCGGUGCCUCGAAAUAACCCACCCCGCACAGAGCGAGAGAAAAAAAUAAACCCCUCCACACCGCAUCAACGCCAGGCUUUUCAACGUCUGCAAAUGUAUCGAUCUCGCCCGGCACUUCCUGCCGACUGCACCAUCCGCCUCUGUGCUCACAGCUGCCCCCCUCACCUCAAAAUCUCAUUGUGAUCCCAUUUAAAGACUAUUAUCUCAUUCCCUCUUGUGACAUUACCCCCCCUCGCAUCCCAGCGUCCGACUGCCAUGUUGACUGUUUUUUCCCGCGAAUGCUUUUUUUUUCUUCGUUUGUUUUCCCUCCGGUGAACUGCCCCGUACACACGUCUCUGACCUGAGAAAACACCCAUUUUAUGUGACCGUCAACAAUGAUGCACUCUCAUCCCCAGCGUCAGGCUUCAUCAUGUGUUUUCCAUUUUCCCUCUACUUCACAGGAGGAAUUUUCACAGCACAUUUUCAGAAAACAGAUCUCCUCCUUCAUCCUGGUCCGCAGCAGCGAUGGGGUUUUCAGCUUACUGGUACUAAAAUAUAAUUUGGAUGUUCCACAUUUCCAAAAUGUUGCACUGUCCUUUGUGUCCACCUUCCUCAGUAUUAACAGCCGUGGCCACUAAAUAACUGCAAUUCCUCUGUAGCCACUACCGACAUUUCAAAAAGGAACACAAAUUCAAUCUUAAAAAGGGAUCAGAAGUGCUUCUCUCUUCGGUCGCAGCAAUUCUCUGCCCUGAUUGAGAGCAUUUGGAGGCGAAAGGGAGGCACAUGAAUGGUCAUCCAAACCGCUCCAGUCACUGCACAAAUGGUUUUGCAAGUACAGCCAGAGGGUUGCCCCCGACGGACGUGAACUUAACAUGAGCAGACCUGUGAUUGUCGCUGUGAGGCAGGUCCUUUGUGUUCAGUUCACCACACUCAUUUAGUAGAACUGUUUAUUCCCUGCAAGCCGAUGCUAAUGUCUUCACAGCUCCCACGAUGUUCCUGUUUGCGCUUUCACAGUGUCACAGUUUGUUUUUCAGUACAAUGGCUCAGCUCAGUGCAAUUCUUCGAAGUGGGAUUUAGGGAAAAAGCCCCACAUACUGUCAUUUCGCAGCACUGUUUGACGAUACCAAGUAGCCACUCUAUGCAUUGACCUUUGGCCCUGAAAUCCUAUGUACAUAGCCACUGUUAGCCAGUGUUAUUUAUUAUUUUAACAUGCACUGCAAAUUCUGUCAUUUUUUUUCUGUUUGUUUGUUUUCCCCGCAAGUAUGCUUUAAAGGUCAUGCUGCAUUAUUUCGUCUUUGCUCAUUUUCUGUGUGCACUGUCACUUGUAAAACAGGUCAUAUGAUGAAUUUCUUUUCACUUAAAAAAAAAAACGCAACAUGCGUCAAAAAAAAAGUAGGUACAGCUCUGACGGAGGAAGUGUUUUUUCUGUUUUGCAACAGAUUUUGUUUCACCUCAAUUUGCAGAGUGACUGAUUUUUGUACAAUUUAAGAUUUUGUUUUAUGCAAUAAUCCUUUGGUGGUGGUGGUGGUGUGGGGGGAGGGUCUAGGUUAUUAAAUAAAGUGAGACGACAACUCAUAUAUUC